AACGUACGGUACCAGGUACGUACGACAGCGUUGCGUUUUUCAUUUAAAAAAUUAUAAACUAUAAAAAAGUUUCUCGAAGCGCCCCUCAUCCUUUCAAUGAACAUCGGUCACCCAGUCAGACCUUGAGAAUUCGUUGUUCGAGUGUACGAAGAUGCCAGAGGAAACGUGCGUACGUUCCUCCGAGGCUCGGUGUGUACUCCCGGUACGAGUACCAGUACGUACUCGUACGAGAAAAAUGUGAAGAAUCGAGACUUUCGAGAAAACUGAGGGGAAAAUGUUGCUACUUGUCUUUCCAGAGAAGUGUGUCUCAUCUCCCGUUGUUUGGCGACGAUCCAUGAUAGCACGCGAAAGACAUACUAUGACACUGAUAUUGAAAUUUCAGGCAGUCGUUUCUACACUAUUAAUUCUAUCUCUUCUUCCCGAAACAACAAGAGCAAUGGCAUCUUCGGCAGCGGCUUCGACGAUCUCGUCGUCGGUUCGAGUCGCCAUCAUCGGCGGCGGGGUCUCGGGGUCCGCUUCGGCGAGACGGUUGGCCCAACUGGCACCAUCGGCACGGAUCACACUGUACGAGAUGGGUCGUGGUCUAGGAGGUAGAGCCUCUACACGGAAGACCCGCUCGGUGCCCCAUAUCUACAUCAAUCACGGUGCACCGUACGCCGAUGUGCGGUCGAAGCUGGGUCGUUCUCUAAUAUCUUCCCUUGGUCCGUCGGGCACAGCGCCCUUUUCCGGGGUGCGAGGAUUCUUAGAUUCAAAAACGGGGACUUUCGCACCCGGAGAUGGAGAGAAAGAGGGAGUGGACUAUGUAACAGGCGCUAAAGGCGAAAUGUCUCAGAUAGCGUCUGCCAUGAUUUCUGGCAUUCCAUCUAUCGACACAAAAUUCAAGACGAUGAUCCGUGGUCUAUCUCGGUCACCCAGUGGAGAAUGGCAACUUCUUGAUAAGUCAGAAGAGGUCAUCGGUUCCGCCGACUGGUUGAUCGUUGCGGGCAGUGGUGUUGCACACCUUCGGUGGUCGAAGACCUUUGGUGGUGAACCUCCGUUGAUUGCUGCAGAGAAAGCCCGACCGGAUCCAAAGCUUCGUGAGGCAUUAGAUGCCAUUGCUUCUCACGAAGCUUCCCCCGUCCUUGCUGUUUUCUUUUCGUGCUCGGGACCCACUGCCCGUAAAUGGUUGUCCCUAGAUUUUGAUGUUGCCGACGUCAACGGGAGUUCAAUUCUGUCUCGAAUCAUGAUACAAGGAAAACAGAAAGAUAAAAAUAGCUCUCAAUCUGACGGCGGUGGUGACGAAUGGUGCUCGGUUGUUUUGCAUUCCACAGAAGAGUUUGCAUUGCAAAAUUCUGGUGUAUACGGCUCGUCUUCCAGUGCCACCAGGAUAGGAGAUGCUGCCUCGGAUGCUUCUCGAGAGAAUUCCCUUAUCUCCGAUAUGAUGGUAGCGAUGAACGAAAUACCGGGCAUGCCUGAAAUUAACACCAAACUACAGGAUGAAUCAUAUUCGUCACGUUAUGAUUAUGGACCAGUAAUCCAUAGAUGGGGGAACGCCUUCCCGAAGGGUGAUGCACUUGCGGAAGACCUAGCGUUCCUGCCAAGUUCGCGCAUUGCAUUUUGUGGCGAUUACGUUGAUACUUCGAAUCCAGCUCGAUUUGGAAGCUUCGAGAGUGCCUUGCUGUCUGGUACUUGGGCUGGAGAACAAGUUUCACAAUUCUGCCAAAAGGACUAAUGCGUAGUAGCUUUGAAAAACAGGAAUUCUUUUAAUUACAUGCUAUUUAUUAGUUUCACCCAUAGUUGAAUGAUGUAAUGAUGUUCUCACUUGUGUCAUCUGUAAAGAGCACUAGUUCUAGUUCCCACUAGUUGCAUUUGAUCCCUACUAGUACUAGUAGAACACCUGUAUAAUAGUUGAAGGGGUACAUAGUAUGUUAUCGCUGUUCCUGACAAUUGUGUCAUACAAGUACUACUAGUACUACUACUAGUCCUAGUUGGAUUAAGAUAGUCCUUAAACAGAAUUACUUUUUUGCAUAUGAAUACAAAUUUACUGACAGC